AUGACAGUCCCUGAUGAGGAAAGCAUGGCCUCGGCACUACGCAUGGCCAAAUUUCCAACUUCUGCAGAGGCAACGAGCGCCUUCCAGCACAGCUUGCUGGUUUCAUCCGAGAAACUUCGUCUGGACACGCAGCGAUCGAGGGCUUUCGUGGCCAUCGAAGAGUCCAUUCAGAAUGCCUGGAACCUAAAAAGCCGGCAGCUUCAACAGGCCAAGGUGUCUUCUGGAGAGGGCUUGGUUCCGCCACCACUGCCGCCUCUUGCCGCGCCUCCACUCACAGAAAUGGCUCCCGAAGAGGAGGAGGUGGAGGAGGACGUGGGCAUCAAUGGUGGUGAGGCGCAUACUAUCUUCCAGGGCGACGUUUCUCUGGAAGAUCAGCGACGAAUUGAGGAGUUUAGCUUGUAUGAUCCACGGGACGGGACGCUUCGCAACCUGACCUUUGACGAUCAGGUGGAACGCAGGAAGAAGCUGACAGCAGAGUGGGCCAAGAUCGUGCAAGAGGAGAAGGCUGAAAUGAGGAAAAAUCCUCGCAAGGCAUUUGCUGUCCAUGCCCCAAACCUGGAGGAUGCCUUCUACCUCAUCGCAGCCACAUACGACUUGGAUGGCAAUGGUCUGUUGGAUGACUACGAGGUUUUGAUCAUCCUCGAGCGCUGCAAGUUGCUUGAUUCGACGCUGACUGCGACCAAAGUGAAGUCUUUCUUCAGAACCUGGGCUGUAGGCUGCAACAAGAUCAUCGGUGAGAAUAUGGGUGUGGAGGAUAUUGAAGAUGGCAUUGGAUAUGAGGAGUUUACGUCUUUGCUGCACUGGAUUGCAGACAUGAAGGGCAUUCCGCUUGCCCGUUGUCGAGCCCGAGUGAUCCGCCUGUCGCACAAGAUGGUCGACACACACAGCUCAGUGAAACGUAGGCUGUCUCGUCUUUUCGAUGGGUUCUGCAAGAGAGAGCCAGAGUGGAUGAGCGCGCACGAGUUCACCAAUCUGUGCCAUACGACAGACCUCUACAAGCAGGGAGUUUUUUCUGCGGGAGAUGCUUUCAAGAUCUUCUACCAGACGCACGGACUUGAAAACCAGCGCAUGGACUUUGCAAGCUUCAUGGAUGCAAUCGCGCGAGUUGGUCAGAUGUUCGGCAAGAAUGAAACACAAUCUGCUGAGAUGUUUGCAGCUGCUGUUGGACGCAUGGACACCGAUGAGGAAACCAUUCGACGAAUCAAGCUCCGCAUUAAGCAAGCAGCUUCCACUUACGGCGUAAAUGGUUGGCGCGAAUUCUUCCACGAGUGCGAUCAGGAUGAGUCCGGCAAUAUGGACUUUGAAGAGUUCUGGCACAUGUGCCGCCACAAGCUGCACCUUGAAGACAGGAAAACCCAUUUGCAGCUGCUCUUCGACCGAUUGGACGAGGAUGACUCCGGAGAGCUUUCCAUUGACGAAAUGAUUGCGUUCAUUGAGAAUUAG